UCCUCACAUGAGUUUCUGAAGCUGUGUAAAAUCACCAAAAUAGUAACCAGAAGGAAUAUGGAAACAUGUCAUGGUGCUGAAGGGGUUAAGAAGAUCAGACAACAUGGAUGAUAGGUGGAAAUAGGCAGGUGUGUUCAAUAUAGGAGUCGUUAUCAAUUGCAUUACCCAGGUUAGUGUAAUAAAAGAUAAGAAAACAAGGUAAGACAGAUAGAAAGCAAGACCCAGGGCUAAUAAGUUAAUAUCAGUUAGUAAGAUUUUUUGUCCAUAUUUUAACAUUUUACUAGUGAUUUUUUUUUUUAUGUAAGAGGGAAAGCUGGGCAAGGGCAACAAGAAAUAGACAAGAAAAAGGCCUACUUAGUUACCAGUCCCCUUACAGGUCUGAGAGUUAGCUUAAAGAGAGGGAUAAAUGUCUUGAAACCUCCUUUAUCUAAUGUUCUCAACUAUUUCUUUUCUUUAUUUCAUUGUUGUUAUUCAGGUAUACCUCACCACACAAUUCAGGUGGUGGAGUUGGUAUAAUGAAGGAUUUAACGUGUCUUUUUUAUAUGUAAGAGUGAAGAACUGGCCAAGGGUAACAAAAAGAUUAAGAAAAAAAAAAUACUUAGAAAAAAAAUUACUUAGUUGCCAGUUCUCCUACAGACGAGGUGGUGUAUAUAUUAGGUGAUGGUGACAGUGUACAUAUGGAUAGGUUAAGUUACGGUGGUGCUGGUGGUGUACAAAUCAUCUUUCUUAGGGAUUUGAGUAGAGAAGUGUAAGAAUGUGUUGAGGCUAAUAAUCUGGCACAUUACUCUCUUGUUUUCAGUUACAAAAGAGCAUGCAGGAAGAAUGUAACCAAGUGUAAAGGAGUUGUUAUGAUGUUCUCGCAUGAAAGUGGCUUUUUGAAGUGACAUAUAAGUGGCUUGGACUAAAAAAACAAAACAGUGGCACGAAAAGACAGGGAACUGAAAUUUGAAUCUGGCGCUAUGUUAAAACAACAUUCGAGUGACAAAUUAUCGUAACCCAGGGAAAGGAAACUGUGGCAUGUAAGUUGAUUGAUUAUGGAUUUAAUGAUUUUUUUUUUCCACAGGCUUUGCUAGUAGUGUGAAAAGAAAAGCCAAGUUUGUGUGGUAAUAUUUCCUAUAUUUGUAUUCCGGUGGAGAUAAAAUAAAGUGUCUGGAUCCUCUAGAUUAAGUUAAAUUGGUAUCGUGUAUUUCCAUUUUGCCUAAAGAGUUUAUAAGAGAGAGAGAGAGAGAGAGAGAGAAGAAGUUACGCUCGUAUGAAGUUUAUCUAUGCAGUGAAUUUGGUUUAUAAUGGACGAAUAGUGAUAUAAUAAAGAUGAUCGCCUAGUAUUGUUUUCAAAGUAAUUAGGAUGAUAAUACGAAUUGAGUAUCCACGGGUGAAAAGGAGAACGAAACUUAAUUAAAGAACAACAGGUAAAAAAUGAUGAACUUGUAACAUUCCAUAUCCUGAAACACAAUACACCCUACUAAAUAUUAAAAAAGCUGUAGUUAGUUGCUGAGAAUUUAAUAAAGAGCGUUUCAUUGGCCACAUUGACAAGAUUAACCCUUCAAUACUGUGACACAUUUUAACCUCUAGAUUUAUGCACGAUUAGAUAAUUUUAUUAACAUUAGGAAGGCUCUAUGGAGGUCAGAAGAUUAAUGGCCACAGUCUUCACUAUUUUAAUCCCAACAUGAGUUUCUGAAGCUGUAUAAAAUCACCAAAUAGUAAGCAGAAUGAAUACGGAAACAUGUAAUGCUACUGAAGAGGUUAGCAACAUUUCUAAAUUACUAAAAUGCUAAACACACACAAAAACCCAGCCAACAAAAAUAAAUAAAUAAAUAAAAAGAAAUAUUAUAGGCUCGUGGUCAGCAAGUUCCGCGCGUUGAGCUGGUGCAUGGCGGACGUGACCUUGAAAAUUAGUGUUUUAUCUGAUAUUCCUCUACUGUGCCCUCCUGCUGUGUCCUGCUGGCUAGGAGGAGUAGUGGCGAGGCUGCUGCGUGCCUGGGAACCGCUGUGGGAGGUAACCUUCCACCUCACCAGGAUAGCCAAUCAGAAGCAAGCAUCCAUCAGCCUGACCAAUCACGUGUCAUCUAGCCAGCCAGCCAGCCAGCCAGCCAAUCUCCGUGCUGACAGUUAUGAGACAAGGAGGAAGGAGAACAAGACGGAAUUAUCGUUCAGGAGGAGGUGUAGCUGCAAUAACAAUAACAACAACAGCAACAGCAACAGCAGCAGCAGCAGCAACAACAGCAGCAGCAAAGUAAGAAAAAUAUAGGAGAAAAUGAUGAACAAGAAGUGAGAAAGAAAAUAAAAA